UGUUCAUCAGAAUAUAAACAUUGGCCAAGUUGCGCGGGAACGAGAGGUAGUGAAAUAUCCCGGCUGUUUGUCCCUUGUCUUGUUAUGAGCACUCUUCUGUCACUACUAGAGUAAUUCAUUAUACACGAAGCCAGAAUGAAGAUCACCAUUCCUGAAAUCUCAUGGCACAACAGAGAUCCGGUGUUUUCUCUCGACAUUCAGCCCAACCCCCAAGAUGGCUCUUACCGGCUGGCCACCUCUGGCUCAGACACUCACGUUGUGAUCUGGCAGCUGCAUGUGUUGGACAAUGGUGCAGUGAGUGUGGAGGUGCUCAGCGACCUCACGCGACACAACCGGGCUGUUAAUGUUGUCAGAUUUUCACCAGAAGGAGAUUAUUUGGCUUCAGCUGAUGAUGAGGCUGCAGUAAUACUCUGGAAGAAAGAAGAUUCAUCUGACAUGUUCAUGGAAGAAUCUGAGAAAGAGAACAAAGAGCACUGGACUAUUUGGAAGAUGCUGCGUGGCCACUUGGAGGAUGUGUAUGACCUGUGUUGGUCUCCGUGCUCACAGUUCCUCCUCACAGGAGCUGUGGAUAACACUGCAAUAGUCUGGGAUGUGACUAAAGGUAAAAGCAUUAACAUAUUAAGCGACCACAAAGGAUUUGUUCAGGGUGUGGCGUGGGACCCUCUUGGUCAAUAUAUUGCCACCUUGUGUUCUGACAGGUGCUGCAGAAUAUACAGUUCUGGAACUAAGAAAAUAGCCUUUAGAAUGUACAAAGCUACUUUACCCCUAGUAAAUGAGGAGGAUGUGAUUACUGAGAAAAUAACAAAGCUAUUCUAUGAUGACACACUGAAGUCCUUCUGUCGCCGCCUGAGUUUCUCCCCAGAUGGAGAGGUGCUUCUCACUCCCUCAGGGAUUGUGGAGGAAGAGAGUGGCAAGAUCACAAAUGUUACCUACGUCUUCUCUCGCCACAGCCUUUCAAAACCUGUCCUGUAUCUCCCUACCAAAGACAAGUACACACUAGCUGUCAGAUUCUGCCCAGUGUUAUACGAGCUAAAGCCUCUACCUCGAGAACAAGGGUCACCACAGGAAAAUGACGAGCCCCUUGAACCAUGGCAGGAGUACUCCAAUCUCUUUCACCUGCCGUACAGGAUGAUAUUUGCCGUUGCUACUCAGAAUGCUGUCCUCCUCUAUGACACUCAACAGCCUGUCCCAUUUGGCAGACUUUCCAACAUUCACUAUACUCGUCUCAGUGACCUAUCAUGGUCCUCGGAUGGGCGCAUAUUGGUGAUGUCUUCAACUGAUGGGUACUGUUCUCUAGUGUCUUUUGCCGAAGGCGAGCUUGGCACUCCUUAUGUUGGAAAAAGAAAUAACACGUCCAACUGUGAGAAAGAGAAGGAGACUGACUCUAACAAGGCAGAAGAUUGUUUAACGUCUAAAGACGUAGAGAUGGAAGAGGAAAGCAAGACACCUCCCAGUAACAAGCCAGAGAAGCUCAGCACUCCUUAUGUUGGAAAAAGAAAUAGCACAGCCAACUGUGAAAAAGAGAAGGAGACUGACUCCAGCAAGGCAGAAGACUGUAUAACCACUGAAGACGUAGAGAUGGAGGAGGAAAGCAACACACCUUCCAGUAACAAGCCACAGAAUCCAAAGUCUUCUACCAAUAUCCCAGACAAGUCACCUACACACAAAGAUGGAGAAUCUAAGAAGUCUUCUGGCAAGACAUCUAAGAAGAGUAGUAAAGAGAGUAAAAUAAACUUGAGUACCACACCAGAGAAAUCAUCUACUGAGCAAAAGGAGGGAGGGAGCAAAGACAGCAUAGCAAUUUCCAAGAGCACACCAGAAGAAUCAUCUACUGAAGAAAAGAAUGGAAAGAGCAAAGAGAACAUGAUUUCCAAGACCAUACAAGAUGAAUCAUCUGAACAAAAGGAUGGAGUGAAUAAAGACAGCAUAACACCAUCCAAGAGUACACCAAAGGAAUCAUCAAUGCAAAAAGAUGGAGAGAAUGAAAAGACUCCCAGUAUCACACCAGAUAAACCACAUAAGAAACAGCAGGUGGAAAGCACCCCUGAACAAGCACCCAAGAAGCAGAUGACUGUAAGAAGAGCAGGUGACAGCUCAAAGUCUACAAAGAGAAUAGCGUUGAUCACUCUGUCUGGUCCGUCCCUCAAGAGUGAUGAGAACACUCCUGUUGCCAAGGCUGAACCAUUGCCUUCAACUGCCAGUCCAGCAAAAAGUCAGGAAGAAGCAGCAGACGUAGAUGAGGAAGUAAAGAAAAGGUUUGAAGGAGAAUCUGUAACUCCCACUAAAGUAUCCAAGGUUCCAUCUCCGUCCAAGACCCCGUCAGGCAAAACUCCUCGCCGAGUUCCCCUCAUUACUCUUUCCAGUCCCAAGGGGAAAAAGAGUAGUGGCGAGUGUAGAUGAAGACCAUAGUGACAGGUACUGUUAGUCUCUCAUGAAGUCUGAAAGAAAAUGUUUGCUUUUGCUUUCAGUGAAGAUCACUUGAUGUUGCCUUCACUAGUCUUUUUAUGUACAUAGACCAAUGAAAACUAGUUAUUUGGCCCUUUGAAAAGUACAUAACUGGUACAUUUUUUUUGCAUUUGUUUAUUAUUGUAAAACCUCUGCAUCAACGUAAGUCUCACUGACCUCUUUUCCACCCUUACUUUUGUGGCGUUUACUGGAGAUAAGAGAUUAUGUUCCUGGCGGUUACAUUGCCAUUAUUCAAAGGAACCUUGAAACAGCUUUACAUGAUUGUGUUAGCAUUAAUGUCAAACUGUCAGUGGACAUAUAGUAUUUAUGACAUUUGAAUAAUUUAUUUAUUUUAGGACUAAUAUAAAGAUAAAUUUGAUCAUUUAUCUCCUUGCCCAGGGAAUCAGAAGUCAGUGUAACUGAGUUUGUUGCAUUUAACCAAAAUAACAAAUCCAUAAUGUUUUUUCUUGGAAUUUGGGUAGUGAACAUCAUACUUUAUUUAAGACUUUGUAUAGUUUUUUAGAUUUGAGUUAUCUCUUCUAGAAAUGAGGAUUGGAGUCUUUACCUUACACUGUGCCAUCCUUUAUAUUCUUAUCCUUCUAUAUUCUAUCCAAGGGUGGUGUUGGGCUGGGGGCCUAAUUACCCUUGCCAUUUUUCCUGUUCCCCAAGUGGUGAUUAGGAAUCAUAGAUGAAACUUUGAUUUGCUUCUUAGAGGCAGCUGAAUGCCUGUGGAUGAGUGUUGACUGGCACUGGCACUGAACUCACUCAACUAGAUAAAUCCAGUUGUAAGGAGCACUCAGAGUUGUAUGGAUGGUUGGGGUGCUUCUGUCUCAGGGUUGCUGGGCAUGUUUUGUGCCUCUAUGAGGAUGUCACGAUGUUAAUGCCCAGGUUGUAUGGGCAUUUUUUAGGGAAUAUUGUGGGUAAUGGACAAAUCUUUGGCACUCACUAUGGUGGACCUGGAUGUUGGCUUUGGUAUUGUGAGAUGAAUGCUUGUAUGAGAUUAACUAGCUUCAUUUUUGAAACCUAAGAAUGUCCGAACCCAAACAGCCAUUCAGUACUAAUUGUUGUUAAUAUAACCAUGGCACAGAUGCCUGCUAUCUAGGAUAGCUGGGGGUCACAAUCAUCCUAAUAUAUUCCCAGCUUUUCCCUUUCAAGAUGUAAAACCAUGGCUGCUUGUUAGUUGCAUAAAGUUGGACUGAAUUUUAAGAAAUUUGUUUGUAAUACAUGAAAAUGGAUUUAUAAUGGUGAUGUACAGUUUUCUGUAUGGAGUUGUAUUGGAAUGCUAUACUUAAUAUAUUUUCAUAAGUUGCACUAUUUUCAACCAUAAAAAAUAUUUAUUCACAUAAACCAUAUCCUUUUUCUCUAUAGAUUGUUUUUCCAUACAGGUGGUGGUUUCCCACACAUGCUAGGUAUCACCAAAGGAAAUACAAGAUGCAUUGCCUCAUUUUUAAAAUAGAAAAUUAAAGCAAUCCACUUUUACAAAAUUUGAUGUACAAAAUUUUACUUGACCAUAAUGUUUUACAUAAACCUUCCUCCUCAGUGCAGAUUCUUUUCUUUUUAUAUUCUUUCUUUUUGUGUUUAUGUGUGUCUAUUAAAUAAUUUACGGAUACAGUAACUGGAAAAAUUUUUCUUUAUCCAUUGUUUUCAGUACAUGUCAGCAACAGCCUUAUUUCCAACCGAGUAUGUCAAUUUGAUGAAUCAAUGCACUGUUGAAUAGUUAUGUCAUUAUCAACACUUGUUACAUAUAUUACUUAGUCUUAUGAGUAAGAGAUGCUCAUCUGUCCCAUGGUACUUCCUGCAGUUGUUAUUGUAAAGAACAAAAUCAUGAAUGGGGGGUUGAGAAGAUUAGUUACACAUGACCACCUUUAGUGCAUGUUGCUACUGCUUAUUCAUCAGGUCAAAAUUGUUGUACAAAGUUUCAUCUUCAUUGCUAUUUCACUUACAGACUACCUCUCACUUCAAAAUGUAUGUAACCUUUUCAUUGUUAAGGUUUGUUUUCCACUGUCAUUGCACACUCCUCCUAGUGAAUCAGACCUGUCACAGUAUACUUGGUUGGAGUGAUGGCUGCUACUGUAUGUCAAUAGCAACAGUGAAGAAAAUGAAAUGUACAAGUGUAUAUUUCCAGAAUUGUUCUUUUCUAGAGACAUUAAUUUUGUAUAUGACAUUAUCUCUCGUUCCAGUGCUUUAAAGUAUUUAUGAAUCAGGAAUGUUAAAUUAGAAAGGUAACAUUUAUGAAAGUCUUACUUUUGUAUAUUAAUUAAAUACUUCUCAAAA